AUGCCCAAAAUCCUUGGCUACACCCCAGACUGGCUCAGCCGCCCGAAUCCAGGCUAUCACCUGUUUGCGCCGAAACACACGGACGGUAACGGAGUCGUAGCGAGAAGACCGGAGGCAGGAUCGCAAAGGACGAUUGCGACAAGAGGCUCGGAGAUAUUUGUUGCGGUUGGAAAUGAGAUCCGUUGGGCGGACCUGGUCAAUUUGAAAGAAGAGGCGCAGCCCGCAUACCGUACCCUCAGAGUCUCAAUACCACUACCUAUUACGCGUCUUACCAUCUCUCCAGAGGAAGACUACCUCGCAGUCUCGACAUCGCAUACCGUCCAUGUGAUUCAUCUCCCCGACCCGUCGUUGCUCGAAGGCGGUGAAGAGGGCCCUUUGAAGCCAAAGACUUUCCAGCUAGGACCGACCGUACACGUUCUCGAAGAGUCCUCAGUCGCGACAGUGCUAUGGCACCCUUUGGGAUAUCACGGACGUUGCUUGGUCACAAUCACAAAGGCGGGUGUGGUGCGGCUUUGGGAGAUCAAUCGCGCGGAUAGGUCUACAUUCAGCGAACCUGCGCUGUCAAUUGAUCUGCCUAAGCUAGCGAAUGCGACAAGUGAUCAGGAUGAUUUGAGCGCAUCCAAGUUUGGAGCUUCGAAAGGCUUCUCCCCCGACUCUGUCGAGCUGGAAGUUGCAUCUGCAUGCUUUGGUGACUUCCCAGAGCAAGAGGGUGUCCACGGGUGGGCGCCAAUGACGCUCUGGAUCGCUACUGUAUCUGGUGAUGUGUAUGCGCUCUGCCCGCUACUACCGAGCAAGUGGCAAUUGGUCGAGUCACCCGGCAGCUACACGUUUCUGGAGACCCUCACCUCAUCCAUUAACAUCAACUACACCGAGACAUCUGAGGACGAAACAGUACCGAAAGACGAGCUGAAGACGGCGGAGAAGCAAGUUUCGUGGUUGUCGGACAUUCUCUACGAGGAGCCUUUUGUAGAAGAGCGACAACAAGGAGACACAGUCAAAGUCUUUGCCCGUCCGACAAGCGCUCCUGCAGUACCACUCCUGCAGGGACCGUUCACCAUGACACCCGAGGUGGAGGAUUUCGAGCUCAGUGAUAUGAUUGUCUUCUCGCUCAAGACCUUGUCGGAGAGCGAAGAUGAAGAGACAGCAGCCGAGGGCUUGCCAACAGCCGUAGUAUGCCUACUCACUGACACGAGCAUGGUUCAUGUAUGCUUGGAUCUGCAGGGCAUCGUUGGACGCUGGCUGCCAUCACCGGAAGAUGAGAUUGACGUGGCAGAAAGACACGAGCACGAGUUGCUUAUAGUGGAAACAAUUGCUCUGGUUAAAGAUGAAGUAUCAUCGUUCAACCAGAGCAUCACGCCCGAUGUACAUACCGACUUUUCAUUUUUCGUUUCGCACGCCAGCGGUGUCUUCUACAUCUCAUUGGAGCCCUGGAUCCGAAAGGUCGAGGUCGAGUUAUCCCAGUCCCAAACACAGGGCUCGGCCUUCCGUCUCAAGCGAGUGCUGGAGUCGGCAAGCACGUCCGUGGACCAGUGUCUGCAACGACGCAUUACUGGCAAUGUAGCAGACCAAGAAGUCACAGCAGCAGUCGUCAUUGAGGAUGGAAACGUUGGUUACCUUCUUCUUACCAGUGUCAAUGGCGAGCCCCAAGCUGCCCUUCUUGAUGCGCCAGAAGACGGACUACCUACUCAGGAAGAGCUUGCCGAGUACAUGGCAAUUGCUGGGCCCCACAAAGAAGUUCGUGAGGCAUGGCAACCGCCAAAGGAGCUUUACGAUUCAUUCGACCUGUUCAAAUCCAUCCAUAUCCCCGCACGACACCGUGGAACUCUCCAGGAUGAGAUUAGGCUGUCUCCUGCGAACCUCUCACUGCUUAUGGAUGUCCACCGAGCACUUUCGGCGCAGACUUCAAAGUUGCAGCACGCGGUCUCGGACCUGUUCAACAGAGCGACUCGAUUGCAGGAAGAGUUCCGAGACCAGAUUUACAGGACAUCGGAAAUUGCGGCAAACAUUGAGGAUGUGACAUAUAACGGUCAAGCCAGCUCAGUCGACGGAUCGAAUUACGAAAGCCUCAAGAUUGACGACCGAAUGGAGAGAGUCAAGGUGCGACAGGAGCAAAUCAACGCACGCUACGAAGCACUUCGACGAAAGAUGGUCAACAUUGGUUCUAGUCAGUUGAGCGAGAAGGAAAGCAGCUGGAUCGAAGAGCUACAGACGAUGGAGAGCGCUGUGGAUCCUUCGAGCAAGACUCUAACCGAUGACGUUGACGGCAGCGAGCGGCCGGCAUGGCAGCGUCUGGAGAGGAUCAAGCAAGUGCAUCAAGAGCAAGCGAGACAGAUUGAAGAGGCAACCAAGUCGGCGAAACGGGGAGAGAAUGAGGGAGUGAGGAGUAACGGGGUAAAGAUAGCGAGCUACUCGAGAAAGGCGGAGAAUGAGCAGGUGCAGGAACUGAUACAGCGGAACAAUGUGCUGGUUGAAGCUGCCACGGAUAGGCUGAGGAGGUUGGGGGUGAAUGUGCCAGUGGAGGCUGGGAGUUAG